AGCUCAACGUCAAUCGGCCCCGGAGGAUGACACCGGACCAGAGUCCUAUGAAGCUAUAUCGGACAAAACUGGAUUGAAGAUUGACGAAAGGCAUCGUCGACCAUCGUAGCAGAGUGUGCUGUCAUUGCUGCCCGGGGGAAAGAUGCAGAAUAAAGGCAGCAGACAGCAAACGAGUUCGAGCACGAGUUCCAUUACAUCAGGACUCAGAACAGUCAACGCCAACAUCCCAGAUCGGCUCCUAAGCAAAGAGGGGGUAACCGCCAGAAAUAAAGCUGUCUACCAACGCUACAUCGACUACUGGAACAACGGCGUCGACUCCGACGAAAUCUACGGCCUAAUUCACCCCGACCACCGACAAGUCCACCACACAUUCACCGGAAUCGGAGUGGAGCACAAGAGGAGCGGGAUCACCUACUUCUGGUCACGGUUUUCGAAGUUGAGGAUCGAGGUGUUGAGUCAGGUUGCUGAUGGGGAUCAGAUUAUUAGCUUUCUGGUGUUGCACGGGAUACAACAGGGCGAACAUGUUGGCCACCCGGACAUGGAACGCGUCGUGCACCUCCGCAGUGCCUUCCGGGAUCGCUUUCUCGAUGGCAAGAUCAGGGAGACGGAGAUCAUCACGGACUUUGAGGCGUUCCGGAAGGUACCAUGGGUGAAGAAGGACAUGAAUAUCACGCCAAGUCCGAAACGCGAGUACGAACGCGUUGGGUUGAGUGUUGUCGCAGCUGAAUGGGAUUAUGUCGCUCAUGAGAACCCUCCGGGACUCCGGGAAGGGGCGCAGCAGAUGAUGUAUGCGAGUCCCAUGGUGGAUCGUACAGCAUCAUCAACACCCGCUUCUUCCAGGGGGCAGGGACCGGGCCAGGAGCCCAAACGUGGGUGUCCUUAAUCACAUUUCACACAACGGUGACGAUGAGGGACGAAGGCAAGGUGAUUGUGUUUAGCCGGUUCAUGGUAUUGUCUAUCCAGAAUAUCACCCAAAACAUAAUUACUUUUCACCCAACAC